GUGUGUGUGUGUGUGUGUGUGUAAAGCCUAUCACUGCUCUAACUCUGCAGACUCUGAUCAGCAGCUGUGAGGAGGAGAAGACAAACCUUUUCUUCAAACUAUGGAUCAGGACUUGGUGAUCCCGGUGGCGGUGGCUGUUUCCGUGGUGGUGGUGACAGUGGUGAUCGUCCUGCUGCGAGGUUCAGCAGGAGAGAAGAAGCGGCAGCAGCCUGUUACUCUGCAGGAUCCUAUGGUCAAAUAUUCACUUCCCCUCGUAGAAAAACAGGAAAUCAGUCACGACACAAAGAAAUUUCGGUUCGGCCUUCCCUCUGCUGCUCAUAUCCUUGGACUGCCAGUAGGUCAGCACGUGUAUCUGUCGGCCAAGGUGAACGGCAGCCUGGUGGUCAGAGCCUACACUCCAGUGACCAGCGACGAGGACCAGGGACAUGUGGACCUGGUGGUGAAGGUUUACUACAAGAACACUCAUCCAUCGUUUCCAGAUGGAGGGAAAAUGUCUCAGCAGCUGGACAACAUGGCCGUCGGAGACAGAAUGGACUUCAGGGGACCCAGUGGACUGCUGGUGUACAAGGGAAAUGGUCAGUUUUCAAUCCGACCCGACAAGAAGUCAGAGCCCAAGGUUCGAAAGUUUCAACACGUUGGAAUGAUCGCCGGGGGAACAGGAAUCACUCCGAUGCUGCAGCUCAUUCGCAGGAUCGCAGCCGACCCCACUGAUGACACCAGGUGCUCCCUCAUAUUCGCCAACCAGACUGAGAAGGACAUCCUGCUGAGGGAGGAGCUGGAGGAGGUGAAGAAGAACCAUCCGGACAAAGUGCAGCUCUGGUUCACACUGGACAGACCUCCACAGGACUGGAGCUACAGUUCAGGGUUUGUGAGCCAUGACAUGAUUAAGGAGCACCUCCCUGCUCCGUCCUCCGAUGCCCUCAUCGUCCUGUGUGGUCCUCCACCGAUGAUACAGUACGCCUGUCUGCCCAACCUGGACAAACUCGGACACAAAACAGAAAACAUCUUUUCUUACUAGUCGUCUCAUUUCCUGCUUUGUUCCCUGUAACUGUUUGGUCACACAUCACUGUAUGAACUGUACUGACGGUCUAAUACAAACGAGUGUACUAUGUGUGACUGGUGCUCAUGACAAGAUUUUCUUUUAUUUCAGUGACACUACAACAACCACUUGCCUUUAAAAUCCCAAAGCUGUGAUAUGAUAUAAACUUUUAUUCACUUUUAAAAUCAAUUUCCAGACAAAAACCUGAUGGAUUUUUUUUUUGUAAGAUAAACAUGGAAUAAA